UGAAUUUAGUGAUUAUUUUUAAUUCCAUAUCAUUUUUUUAAUUUAUAUAAAUAAUCGUUAUGGAAGUCUUGUUUACCCAGUAUGAAGACUCUCCAAUAAUAUACGAUGAAGUUGGUGAUCACCAGCCGCAUGUAGACUUCGUUUCCAGGAAGACAAACGCACAUUUAAUCGUUUCAAAUUUAAUUAAAUAUGGAAUUAGCUUACGAGUUUCUGAAGACAUUUUACAGCAUCUCUCUGACAAAAUCAUUUCAGUUUCUCCGACAUUCUAUUCAAUACAAUUUGGUGAAGAUGUGUAUGUUGAUUCCAGGGUAUGGAAUCACCUAGUGUUGAGCCUUUAUAACACUAAAUUAUCGUCAAUAGAGACUCAGGAAAUCGAUUCUAUAAUCAAUGAGAUUACAAAUUCUGAAUUGUACAUCGCACAAAAUAAUUUUAUUCAACUGAUUAAUAAUAAAUUCCCAUACGUACUCGAGAAUACUUUCGUGAAUAAGUUCAAUAAUAACGGAGUUUAUAUAUAUAACGCAUUUAAAGACGUUCCUAAAGUGUAUUAUUCUACAAAAAAAAAUUUCUUUCUUCAUUCAAUAGCGAUGAUUACGAUAAGGAAACACAUGCAGAUCCAAUCGACCAAAUCUGUUCAGUACGCUAUCAGCUAUUACUGGAGAGGUGCCGGGGAUAUAAUUUUAAUGAAUGGAUUGGGAUUGAAUCGCAUUCUUAUCUUAUGGCAGUUAGCGUCGAUUCAGUAUCGUUCAGUUCUGAAGGUGUUCAAUUGUUGA